UAAGCCAUAUCUAGCAAAAUGUGCUUUUUUUGUUGCAAGCUGCAUAUUCAGAUUGAUGCAUAUAAUGUAAUGGGCUUUUCUUGCUGCUUCAAGUGUGUUUUUGCAUCUUACUAUAACUAGCUUUGAUGUUAAACUUGUUCUUAAGCUUAGCAAAAUGUGGCUGAUAUUUAUUGUUUAAUUUCAUGGAAACUGGAAUAAUUUGAUCAAAAGCAAAUUUGUACAAAAAUGAGGUGAAAAGUCUUGCUCUGAUUAUUGUCCCCUAAUUUGCUGUCCUCUGUUGUUGCCUCAGAGUGUAAAGCUGUACAGUAAUGGCGACCCCAAAGAGAAAGCAUGAAAGAACCUUUAGAGUAGAGUUCAAGAAUUAAGGCAAGUAGACAAGCCAAAGACCUCUUAAGGAUCAGGCUUGACGAGAAGGGAAAGUUUGGGAAAAGAAAAGAUAAAGAAAAGCUGGAAGAAGGACAAGCCAUAAUGGGAGACAAAGCUUCGCUUUAUCUACAAAUGGGGGAAAAGGUUGUUUUUCAAAGUAUAAAGAUAAAGCCAUCUGUCAUUUUUGACCAAGCAUCUCAUGACAAGUCCUUCUGACAAGCGCUUAAAGAGUUAAAGGUCAAGAUGAAGUUGAAUGGUGGCCAAGAUUAAAGGAGCCAUACCUGAUGUAUCCUACAGAAUAAGAGCUAUCCUCUUGCUUGUUACCUUAACAUCUAGCACAUUUGAGGAUGUCCGUGAUGCUGAAGACGCCCUUCAUAAUUUGGAUCGGAAAUGGAUUUGUGGCCGUCAGAUAGAAAUACAGUUUGCUCAAGGAGAUCGGAAAACACCAAACCAAAUGAAAGCCAAGGAAGGAAGAAAUAUGUACAGUUCUUCACGUUAUGAUGACUAUGACAGAUACAGACGUUCUAGAAGCCGCAGUUAUGAAAGGAGGCGUUCAAGAAGCCGAUCUUUCGACUACAACUAUCGCCGCUCUUAUAGUCCUAGAAACAGUAGACCUGCUGGAAGACGUCGCCGUAGCAGAAGUCGUUCAGAUAAUGAUAGGUUCAGACACCGUAACCGAUCUUUUUCAAGGUCAAAGUCCAAUUCAAGAUCGCGAUCUAAGUCACUACCCAAAAAAGAAAUGAAGGCUAAAUCACGUUCUAGGUCUGCGUCUCGUACUAAAUCUAGAGGCACUUCUAAAACGGAUUCUAAGACACACAAUAAGUCCAGCUCGCGAUACGAAAAAGAAGCGAGGAAAAAAGAACCAGCUAGAUCCAAAUCUCAGUCAAGAUCUCAUUCUAGAUCUAGAUCAAAGUCCAGAUCCCGGUCAUGGGCUAGUCCCAAGUCCAGUGGCCACUAACAGUGUAUCUUGUUUUUAUAGGCAUGUAUCACCCAAUAACACAAUUGAGUUAUAAUGUUGCAACAUUGCUUAAAAUAUCUUUGUCAGUUUUCCCUGUAGCAGGCAACUAUUAAAAUUAAAACACAAAUUGAGAAUCUUAUACAAGAGUCCACUUGUUAAAUGUCAUGGGCAGCUACUGACGUUGUUGUGGUGUCUGUGUAUAUUUUUGUAAUACACUUGCAUUUUUAUGCUUCAAGUAUUGAUGGUACCUUGAUUAAGAAUUUCAUCCGCAAAGAAAAUGUUUCUUCUAACUGGUCUAUGAACUUAAUAGUUAUUUAAAUUGUCCAGUACUUCCUGCUGAAAAAGUGGGAAAUUGGGCAGCAGUAAUGCAAUACUGACUGAAAAUAUAAACUGGUCAUUUCAAAUUCUAUAUCAAAAAGGGGAAAGGGUUGGUAUUCUCCAUGCUCACUUGUAUCAAGAUGGGUGAUUUCUGGAGCAAGUGGAAAUAUAGUGUUGAGGUGUUGGUAGUAUAACAAAGUGUUCUAAGAUCAGCCAUGAGAGGUUAUUGUGAGUCUUACUAAGAUUUUAGGUGUCUCCUAAUAUUUGAACCCCUACAAGUGUGCGUGUGGAGGGUGUUCCAUUGAAUAAUUAGGUAAAUGUGUUUACACAUAUAUGCAGUGUGGUAUAUCAAGUUUUAGUGAGCAAUUGCCUACAAAUUGCUUAGGGCUUCUUGCUGUAUAGACACAAGUUAAAUAUCUGAUUAGUGUGUAUGGUAUGUCCACUAAUUUUUUUAUGCCAAUGACUUCAUUAGGUAGUUUGUGUCCAUCACUACCAAUUUCCAGCCAGGCCUCUAAUCCUAACUGGCAGCUUGUGUUUAUAGUUCAGAACCUCCUUUGAGAAGCAGGUCUUGGUUUGAACCCUUUGCUUUUGAUUUGUUAUAUUUAAACUGAAAUUGGAAAAAAAUAUGCCAUGGCAUAACCUCAAGUAUUUCCUGGAGUUGGCAUGAUGUUGUAUUAUGAAAUUCACAAAGCUAUUGAAAUGUAAAAAGUCAGCUUCUGAUAGCUAAUGGUCCCUCUGUUUGUUAAGUAAGAUCAGUGAAUGUUGGUGAAAGAAGGCUUGCCUUCAAAUACAGCAGGGCCUUUCUGAACAAAAGCUGGCUUUUUGAAAUACUGGCUGUGGAACAUGUCUAAGGGGUGAUUCUAGAAAUCUUUGUAUAUUUGAUAGUAUUUCUAACUUUGGUUAUUGUUGUUCAUGUUCUGCUAUGCAAUCAUUUAUAUCUGCAUUCCUUUAAUUUUCUAGACUUCUCCCUGAUGUAUAGUUUGAAAGAACAGUGUAUUGUUAAAACUGUAGCAUUAGAGUGCGUCUCUGGUCAGAGGAAAGUUGUGGAAAUAAACUUUGUAUUUCCUUUCUUAUAGAGGCUUCUUAAAAGGUAUUUUUAUAUGUUCUUUUUAAACAAAUAUUGUGUAUGACUUUAAAAACAUCAAUGUUUUGAUCAAGGUAUAGACCCAGCUUAUUCUCUGCUUGCUGUAAAUAUAGCAAACAUGCUGU